CCUCUAGCUCAUCCAGCACAGUCGCUUCAAAACGCAGCAACCUCAACUCAAGAUGAAAUUCCUUAUCGCCUUCGCCCUGUUCGCCUGCGUGGCCGCCGAUGUGAGCCACCUGGCCAACGAGUACCUGCCCCCCGUGCAGAGCUCCUACGCCGCCCCCUCGGUGAGCUACUCCGCCCCCGCCGUCCAGCAGUCGUAUGUCGCCCCCAGCAGCGAGUACCUGCCCCCCGUACAGACCUACUCCGCACCGGCCGUCCAGAGGACCUACUCCGCGCCAGCUGUCCAGAGGACCUACACCGCCCCCUCGGUCAGCUACUCCGCUCCAGCGCCCGCCGUUAGCUACUCGGCUCCCUCCGUCAGCUACUCGGCUCCCUCCGUCAGCUACUCCGCUCCUGCCGUCCAGCAGACCUACUCUGCUCCCUCGGUCAGCUACUCCGCCCCCGCUGUCCAGUCGUACUCCGCUCCCUCGGUCAGCUACUCCGCUCCCUCGGUCAGCUACUCCGCCCCCGCUGUCCAGCAGUCGUACUCCGCUCCUGCCGUCAGCUACUCCGCCCCCGCUGUCCAGCAGACGUACUCCGCUCCCUCCGUGAGCUACUCUGCCCCGUCGGUGAGCUACUCCGCUCCCUCCGUGGAUGUGGGCACCCAGUACGCCUCCAACGGUGGCUACGUCUACAGGAAGUAGGGAUCUUGAACGAAGAGGUCUGCUACUGAACACGAAACAGUGUACAUAAACACAUACUGCCCCAA